AUGCUUGCCUGCCUGGCCCGGGAAAAACUGUGGGAUGUUGUGCACGAGAGCUUCACAGAGCAACAGCUGCAGUCCUACAUCACCUGGGUGAAUUCACAACUAAAGAAGAAGCCAGAAGUUCAACCGGUGCAAGAUUUGAGACACGACCUCCGCGAUGGCGUGGUCCUUGCUUCUCUCAUUGAGAUUGUAGCUGGAGAGAAACUCAGUGGUGUGGAGGUGUCGCCCACCAACCAGCAGGCCAUGAAGAAGAACGUGGAAAAGGUCCUACAAUUUGUGGCAUCAAAGAAGAUCCGCAUGCACCAGACCUCGGCUACAGACAUCCUUGACGGGAAUUUGAAAUGCAUCAUGCGGCUGAUCCUGGCGUUGGCCGCUCACUUCAAGCCCGGCUCCGGCAAAAUCGCCCCAUCCAGCGCCAUGGAGAAGAACUCGGGGGGAGGCGGAACAUUGCCGGCCUGUCACAGGCCUCGCUCGGCCGUGGCCACCGUCCAUGGGGCGGUGGCUGCCCUGGCAGAGGUGCGCCAGGACAUCUCGGGAGGGGGCCGUGAUGCCUUCCAGCACCACCUGAGAAACAGCAACCCGCACGAGGAGAUUGAGCGGCCGCACUGGAGCGUCCGAGCGCUCGUCCAGCAGUACGAGGGCCAGCAGAGCAGUGGCCCUUCAGAGUCCUCUUUCUCCAGCCUCACCUCUCCAAGCCCUAUCAACAGUGCAAAGAGUGAAUCAGGCAGCACCCCUUCCGAGGACAAGGCAGGGUUUGACCUUGGCCACGAAGAAGAAGAUGGAGAAGAAAAAGCAGGAAUAAGGACAGAAGAAAAUGGGGCUCGGUUGCCCAUUGAAUGGUCCCCAAAGUGCCCUGCCCCAAGUCUGGAGACUUCGUGGGAAGAGCACCUCCUGGAGCAGCAGGAUCACUUAGAGAAAGAAAUGGAAGAGGCUAAAAGGAUGAUCUCUGGAUUGCAGGCGUUGCUGCUGAACGGAUCGCUGCCGGAGGACGAGCAGGAGCAGUCGCUGGGGCUUUGCAAGCAGGAAGCCAGUCCUGAAGAGCAGCUGGUCAUCCUCCGGAGCCGCCUGGAUCAGAGUCUGGAGGAGAACCAGGACCUGAAGAAGGAACUGCAGACGUGCAAGCAGGACAGCCGAAACCUGCAAGGUAUCAAGGAUGCCCUGCAGCAACGGCUGGCCCAGCAAGACACUCUGAUGCUUCAGAUCAAACAGGAGCUGCUGAGAGCAAAUAUGGACAAGGAGGAAUUGCACAGCCAGAAUGCUGAUCUCCAGAGGAAGGUGGAAGAGCGGAACCGGCUUCUGGCAGAGUACAAGAAAGAGCUAAGCCAGAAGGACCGGCUCCUGCACCAGCACCAGGCCAAGAUGGAGGAGAUGCUACACCAGCUCUCCGAGGCGGGCUAUCAGCAGGCCGAGUUGGAACGGGAGCUGCAGCAUAAAGAGGCUUUGCUGGCUCGCUGCCUGAAGAAGGACGUGGAGGAGGUGAUUCUCUACGCCAGUCACAACUCUCAAAGCAAUGGGUUCCUCCAGACUUUGGGGAAAGGAACGGCUUCCUCAACGCACAGAGGGACCAGCGACCUGCAGCUGGUGCGGGAGGCCCUGCGCAGUUUGCGGAACAGCUUCAGCGGCCACGAUCCCCAACACCACACCAUUGACAGCCUGGAGCAGGGCAUCUCCAGCUUGAUGGAGAGGCUGCACCGCAUGGAGAUGCAGAAGAGGCAGGACAAGAGGGUCCGAGGGAAGUCGCCUGCAGGCCACGUGGGGAACGAAUACCGAGAAUCCUGGCCUUCCAAUUCCAAACUGCCUCAUUCUCACAGCACCCCAGCUGUGAGCAGCGGCGCCUGCACCAAGGUGCUGUAUUUCACCGAUCGCUCCCUCACCCCCUUCAUGGUCAGCAUUCCCAAGAGGCUGGGGGAAGUGACUCUAAGGGACUUCAAAGCGGCUAUCGAUCGGGAUGGGACGCACCGGUACCACUUCAAAGCUCUGGAUCCGGAGUUUGGGACUGUCAAAGAGGAGGUUUUCCAUGAUGACGAUCUUAUUCCUGGAUGGGAGGGCAAGAUUGUGGCUUGGGUGGAAGAGGACCAUGGGGAGAACUAA